UGGGCAACUCUGAAUUGCCUGCACUCUGUUUUACUGUCAAAUCUGGAUAGGUAGCAGAUUAUAUACGUAAGUUUUGUGAGUGAUAAACAAUUUAUAUGCGUAAAUUGAUAAUGAAAGCAAGGAAAUGUUAGAAAAACAGUUUAGAUUUUGCCUAUGUGAAGUGUAAUUUUAUAAUUUUUUAACAGUAUUAGUGCUCUCAGUUAAGAAAAUAUAACCUUGGUCUGAAAAUGAAUAAAUCCAAAGAAAGGAUACUUCCUAUGUGCUAAAAUAAAAAUGGAACAUAAUGUGAAUAGAUUAAUACAUGAACAAUGAGUGCCCAGAGUGGGUGUGUUACUUGUAAUGAUGAGUCUGAACAGUUUGAUGGCAAGCAUGACGGUGAUUACUCUGAAGGAGAAGAUGCCCAGAUCCGCCUUGCACCUCAUGUGCAGGCAUAUUUGGCCCAUAACAAUCCUACUACUAACUGCUGUGGUUUUGCUAUACCAAUUGCUUUUGAAAGAGCUGCUGCAGGCACUUGGUGGAACCCACGAUUUGAUUCAGAGAUACUCGAAGGACAAUAUAGGAGUAGUUCCUUCAGGCAGAUAAGAUUACGAUUUAGAUUUGCACUUUUGUAUAUUUUGAUAUUUUCUAUAUCAUGGUUUAUCUACUUUGUCGUCCUUGGCUUGAAUGGUGUAACUGUGAAAUGGCCGUUUCUGUGUUCUAUAUUUGCUGGUGUCCUUCUUAUAACAUCUAUAAUGCUAUUUGUUACCUUUACAAAUGUUUACAAAGUGUAUACAUCCAAGCUGUCUCUAAUUAUGGCACUCGCCCUGUGUACAUUAAGUCUUUCUUUAGUAACACUGACCACACAAAUUGAUGGUGAUUAUUCCCAAGCAGCUGAUAUUAGUCAAUCAGGACAUUUUACUAUGUGUAUAGAAAUACUCUUGAUCAUAUACACUUUGACACCUUUACCUCUUUUUGCUUGUGUCAUAAUUGGACUCCUAUACUCUACAGUAUUUGAAACCCUAAAUAUAGUUUUGCACUUAUCUGAACAAGAAUGGCAAUUUCCUGGAAUGUUUGUGAGAGUUUUGCUCCAAGUCUGUGUCCACAUUAUUGGUGUACAUAUUUAUCUAAUGACAUUUGUGAGAAUGCGUGGCACUUUUAUGAAAGUAGGUCAGAGUUUACUUGUGAGAAGACAGCUAGAAAUGGAAAAACAAUUAAAAGAGAAAAUGAUACAUUCUGUAAUGCCACCGAAACUUGCUAGCUGGCUAAUGGAAGAGCAAGUUUUGGAAUCUGAAACAAAUUUGAAAACUCACGAUCCUAUAAAUCCACGUGCAUCGAACCCUGGCGCGUCGGAUAUCAAAUCAUUAUUUAGACCUUUUAACAUGAGCUCAAUGGAUAACGUUAGCAUUUUAUUUGCUGAUAUUGUUGGUUUUACAAGAAUGUCGAGUAAUAAAGGAGCGGAGGAGUUAGUAAAUAUACUGAAUGAUCUGUUUGAAAAGUUCGAUGAAUUAUGUUUGAUUCAUGGUUGCGAAAAAAUUUCCACAUUAGGAGACUGUUAUUACUGCGUAUCCGGUUGUCCUGAACCGAGACCCGAUCACGCAACUUGCUGUGUAGAAAUGGGACUGGGUAUGAUAGAUGCGAUUCAAGAUUUUGAUAGAGAGCGCGGCGAGGGUGUGAACAUGAGAGUGGGGGUUCAUACGGGAACGGUUCUCUGUGGUAUUGUUGGCACACGUAGAUUCAAAUUCGACGUGUGGAGCAACGAUGUAACUUUUGCUAAUAAGAUGGAAUCAUCAGGAAAACCGGGCCGUGUACAUAUUUCUGAAGAAACUAGCAAAUUCCUCGGUGGUUCAUACGUUUUGGAAGAGGGCGAUGAUGUUUUCGGUCAUAAAACUUACUUCAUUGAAAGCCGUCAGAUAAGCUCUCCGUACGAUCACGACCACUGCCUCACUCCCUCGAACCCUGUCAAUCUCCGCCUCAUUAUAUCUCCCGCUAUUUCUCCGCAGUCCAUUUUAUCCUUUAAUCAUUCCCCUCUUCCGGGAUCGGGUAAAACUAGUGAAUCAUCAACGGACGCAAGGGAAAACAAAGAUGAUGCCAAAAAAUCCUGUAAUUACCUAUCACCUAGCCCCUUUAAUUUUCGUAACAAAGCUAGUUCACUUCCGAGCAUUCUGGAUUCGGAUACCGAGAUGGACGAAAAGAAGAGUUUCCCCGAAGGCACGGACAACUCAUCGAAAAGUCCAACGUCUGUCGGAAGUUACGGUAAAUAUACGAAUAAAAUAAAAAACUGGAAAGUGCCAAGGUUUUUGAGGAAGCAUUCGGACACGCCUUUACAUGAAAUGAAAAAACGCGAAUUCAACGAAAAGACAAUACAAAUGAUUGAGCGUGGAGACGACUUGCAACUAAACAAUGGUUACCAACAAGUACCGAUAGUGAUAGAAUCUCAGGACAAGUUCAGACCGCUGCAGAGUAGCAGUAAGCUUAACAUACCCCAUAAUCAUGAAGUAGCAUCCUUUGAAAAAGAAAUUAUAGACAUUCGAUCGUAUUUAAGCCAGUCUAGAAGUAAUAUGUCGCCUUUUGCUAGAAGUAGCAGCUAUAGAUCUCAGUACGGAAGGGUUAAUUUAGAGAUACCAGUAAGUCGUGCUCGCAGUUCUACCCUCGCGACUCAGGGUGAUAUAGUUCGGCCCAAGAGUCGCAAACUGAACCUCCCCUUGCACGUGCCUCGUCCGCACGACGACGCCGUCAGCCUCUGCCCGUCCGUCAACAGCCGCAAGGACUCCGGCAUUCGAAGUACUAGCAGGAGAUCUAGUAUUCAACAGCAGAUAUUCGCUCUUAAUCACGCCUCACUGGCCACAUCCCAAGCUGAUAUGAUGCAGCAUCGGGUAUCGGGAUACUACACUUCGAGUCAAUCUUCUGUUAACGAGCUUCCCUCUAGAAGUAGACUACCCCCACCAUUAAACGACGAACAAGUCCAAUCACUCCAGAAGCUGAGGAAACAAUCGGAUCUCCAGUUAAUCAGAUGCGUCCAAGACAACGCAAGAUCGGGAAUAAAUUACUUUGUGCAACCUCCUUUGAAUAGAUUUACAUUGUUUUUCAAAAUACCGGAAAUGGAGCAACAUUACAGAGACAAAGCGCAUAGAAGCGAUGACUGCGAAGAUUUCCCGCCGACCUUGACUACGUCUCGCUUCAACACAGCCCUAGAUAUUCUCGUGUCGGCGAUAAUUUUCCUGGCCGUUUCCACUUCGAUAUUAAUUUUGUAUAAGCAGUGGCGUUUUACGAUCGGAUGGUUUGUCUUGUUUAUUUUUAUAGAGGCUGUCGCUAUGGCGUUUUGCGUGUAUAGACAUUAUCUGAAGUGGAAGACGAAACACAACCCCCAAGAUAUUACGGACGCCGUUAGAAGAUCAGUGAAGAUAUUUAGAAAACUCUCGGAUUGGUAUCCCUGGCAUCUGUCCGGGAGUUUAUUAAUAAGUUUGCCAAUACUAGCAAUUCUAUUGAAUUUUUCUUGCCAAAACACUACGAUGACAAUUCUAAGGGGGGAUCAAUCGUUUUACGUGUAUCUUCUUUACGUUAGUAUAGUUCACUUCUGUAAUUUUACACAGAUGAGUUGGCUGGUAAAGAAUACCUUGGUCACACUUUACGCCGGUCUGUUCCUGUUCUUCGCUGUUCUGGGCUGUCACGAAGCCAAUACUCAAUUACUAGAUCGUGAUAUUAGAUUAAAUCCCCAAGUGAUUGCUCAAAAUAUUUCUAUAUUUAAUAUGCUUAAUGUUACCUUUGAUGAUUCGUUAGUAAGGAACGGUACGCACAUGUUUAAUGGUUUGCUCCACGAGAUGCACUUGACGGAGUUGUACUUAGACGUAGCGCUGUUGCUGAUUUUGGUAUGGUUCCUUAACCGGGAGUUUGAAAUCAGUUAUAGACUGAGUUUCUAUAGUAAUGUGGUAGCGAAUCGCGACAAACAAAGAGUACAAAACAUGAGAAAUCAGGCAGAUUGGUUGUUACAUAAUAUAAUACCGCGGCACGUCGCCGAUCAGUUAAAAAACACGGCGAAAUAUUCAGAGAACCACAAGGACGUCGGUAUUAUAUUUGCGAGUAUUGUGAACUUUAAUGAAAUGUACGAUGAAUCGUAUUUGAAAGGUAAAGAAUAUUUACGGGUUCUUAACGAGCUGAUAGCAGAUUUCGACGAAUUAUUGGAGAGACCGGAAUUUCAGCACGUUGAAAAAAUUAAAACGAUAGGCAGUACGUUCAUGGCAGCUAGUGGACUUAAUCCCGAUUUGAGACAUUCAACACGUGGCACGUACAACCAUCUUUAUCAGCUAAUGGAUUUUGCGCUGGAAAUGCAAAAAGUUGUCGAUAAUUUUAAUCAAGAUUUACUCGAAUUCGAUUUCAUACUCCGCAUCGGAUACAAUUUCGGUGACGUCACAGCCGGUGUGAUAGGAACUACUAAAUUGUACUAUGACAUCUGGGGUGAUGCGGUAAACAUCGCUUCAAGGAUGGAUUCCACGGGCAUCGUGAAGCGGAUUCAAGUGGGCGAAGCUUGUUUACCGGUUUUAUCCGCUAAAUACGAGCUCGAACCGCGUGGAAGCGUUUAUGUCAAAGGUAAAGAUAAUAUGAAUGUAUAUCUCGUCGUCUCUAAGAAGGACGUGUAGAUAGAACAUUAGAAAAAAAAGUAGAAUCUGUGAUUUUAACUAUAUAUAUUGUACAAUACAAUUUACAUUGUAGAGGAAGGUGAGACGUCGUGAUACUAUUUAUUGUGUGUUUAAAUGGGCGUAAUCGCUUGAAAAAUACUCGGGAUAAAAAUCCUUCUAAUUAAUUGAGCUUUAUUAGGCAGCGUUCUUGUAGACUAUUUUUGAAUUUACGACUAAUUUAUGAAUGUAAAAUUAACUAUAGUAUAUUCCAACCACAGGCGGAGUUGGAAUAAGGUAUAGUAAUAAUUACUGUAAGUGUGCUUCAAAUUCCUUGCCUCUAUUUAUAAAACUGUGACCAGUGCUCUAGUCUGCGAUUAUAGUUAGGGAUGAUACAGUCGUGUGUUAAAAAAACAUUUUUAAGAAGUAUUUUUGGAAAUGAGCUUAAACUUAAUACGAUUGAAUGAUCCCUGUGUAAAGUGAUUUGUAUAUACGAAUGUGUUAUCAGUUCUAUGACGUUCUAGAACUAUUUAUACAAAUUUUGUAUUUAAAAAUUAAAGUAAUAUUUUUUAUUUAACGUCGCGGAAAUAAUACUAAAGAUAUUUAAUUGGAUUACAUUGACACGAAUAUUUAGUCAUUAUUUAAAUAAAAAAAAUGCAAAUGUACAUACAUACAUAUAAAUAGACUUUUUCUAUUAGAUCUUCGUAUUGAUCUGUAAAUAAAAUAAUUCAGGGGCCCGACAUCGAAUAAUGUUUUUUGACGUGUAUAUGGCAACAUUAAAAAAGUAUUCGACUUUAUUAGAACCCGAAUAAGGUUUAUAAUAAGAGUUUUUUUUCAGUCUAAACAAAUUUAUUUAAAUCCAAUUUUACAUUUAUAUGUAAAAUACAUACAUUGAUUAAUAUAAAUAUUGAAAUGAAUUACAAUAAACGUAGUUGCAGGACCCCUCAUUUUAGUGAGUCUGUGAGUUUAAAGAACGAUAGUUCUACAGAAAAUAAGACUAGAAAAAUCUUUCUAAGACUUGAUAGCAGAAUUAAGAAUAAAUAUUUAUAUAACUAAAAUUCAUAGUAAAAAUAUUUUUACUUAUAUGACAGAAUUCAAUAUAUUUCUUAUUAUUCAGUAAAUUUGAUCGAUAUAACAGAUCCUUAUAUAAGUAAGCACACAAAACUUUAGCUAAAUAAAUUAUAAUGAUAAAAAAGCAAACUAAACACAUUUUAUAUAAUGUAGUUUAUAAUUAUUUCCAGUUCUACUUAUAUGUAUAUCGUCUUGUUCAUAUAACUAGAAUUACCAAUUAUUCAUCCGUGCAUUUCUAUUAUUGUAUGUAUAUGAACCUAAUAAUAUUUACUAGUAUUGCUGCCAGUUAACAAAAUUAAUGUAAUGAAAUUUAUUAUAAAAAAAUAUGUCAUGUUUAUACAAUUCCUUAACGAAUGCAUGUUCAUCUUUGAACUUAUAAAAGCGUUACUAUACAUUCCACUUGCAGUUAAAGUGUCUACAGAUUAUUCUAUAUUGGAAUCGAUUCUGUUAUACACAAUCUCUAAUUUAAACCAUCUCAGGUCUUGCUAUCCUUUACUUGUUGUACGUAAGAAAGAGAUAGCACUCUUUUUGUCUUACUUAGAAAUUGUGUUCAACAUAAUUGACAGUAUUACGUAGCAAUACUUUGAAAAUUCUUAUAUCAGAAUAUUACAACGAAAUAAUUCCAACAUUUUAUAUUUGGUGGCAAUGUAGAGAUCGCACAUUGGAGAUAUUUUUAAUGAUAUACUAUCAUUUUCGAAUAAGAAUACUAUUUAAAUUUCAUAUGUAUUUUGAACAUGCUUUUUUUUAAAUAUUAUAAAGUCUCCAGUGUAUGGUUUGACUUACAAUGAAAUGUGUUGGGUGGGUCGAUCCCAUUAUUGUUACCGAUUGUACUGAUUUAACAAAUGUUGGACCAAAAUUGGAAUACACUAAGGAUAUUUGCUCUCUUUACAAUCUAUAUUUAAUUCUUACAAAUGUAGUUGAUAUUUAAGUCUGGAUUUCAACUAUUUAAUGCUAUUUACAAUAUGAGCCGCUAUGACUGUAUAAUUGUAUAUAUUUAUUUUUAAAUUUUAACCUACUUUACAUUUUUCAAACACUAAAAUUAUAAUUUGUGUGAAUAAACAAAGAUAUUAUUUA